CACGUGUCAGUCGUCCGUCAUUAAUGUCAGUCAUCAGAAACAGCCGAACAGUUUGUUGUUUAUAUAUUUUAUUGAAAUGGAGUUCACCGGUUGAAUUGUAUUUUCGUUUGUAGUUAUUUGUUACAAUUUUAAAGGCAUGUGCCAUAGUUGUCAUGUUAUGGUAAUAUUAAAGAUAUAAUCAUUACCAUUAUAAAGUUAAAUUUUUCGUACGUGGCCCGAAGUGGUUGGUUAUCAUGUGGUCUCUAAUUAUAGUGAUAAUUUUAUCAUUAAUUGCAUAUUUCGUUACGGAUGGGUUAAUUCUUAAUCUGAAGAAUUUAUUUAUAAACGCUGGUUUAUACGGAAUAGAUCUAUGUAAAAAUAAUAAAAACAAAAUACCAGAGGCUCUUGGUGUGGUAUCAGGAUGCAUUUUCCUAGUUACAAGUUUUACUUUCAUACCAAUAGUGUUUGGAAACAGUCUCAUGGAUCGAGAAUCUUUUCCACACAAUGAGUUUGCAGAAGUUUUAGCAGCACUUUUGUCCAUAUGUUGUAUGCUACUUCUGGGAUUUGCUGAUGAUGUAUUGGAUUUACGAUGGAGGUACAAGUUACUGCUCCCAACAGUAGCAUCAUUACCAUUACUAGUGGUGUACUAUGUGAACUUCAAUUCUACCACAUUUAUAUUACCAAUACCACUUCGAGAAUGGUUCGGUGUAUCCAUUAAUAUUGGAUGUUUUUAUUACAUAUACAUGGGAAUGCUAGCAGUUUUUUGUACAAAUGCUAUAAACAUAUUGGCUGGAAUCAAUGGUCUAGAAGUAGGCCAGUCGGUGAUAAUUGCAAUCUCUAUCAUUGUGUUUGAUAUAAUAGAGUUGAGAGGUGAUCAAUACAAAGCCCACAUGUUCUCUUUGCGCAUUAUGCUGCCUUAUUUAGCCACAGCUUCAGCAUUAUUGAAGCACAACUGGUAA